AUGAAGGCGACCUUUGUUUUUGCUCUUGCGAUUAUUGCCAGCGCGUCUGCCGGGCCCCAAAGGAGUUCCGAGCUUGCACUGCAACAAAGAAAUUUGCUUGAAGACUUGGUCAAGGGUUUUAUACAACUGAUCAUAGAAAGUGUUCAAGCUAGUGGUCUAGAUCCUUUGUACGUCGAGAGCGCUGAGGGCACAUACUCCUUUUUCGAUUUAGAGGACGUCUUCACUGCUACUGGCUCUUUAUCUGAGUUCAACUUCGAAGGCGGUAGCAACAUUAUCGUCAACGACGUUAAUUUCCACCUCUUGAGCCGUGCCAUCAGCAUCAACUUAUCCGUACCCAAGCUCCAAUUAUCUGUUGGGUCCUUCGUCGGUACAAUUAGCGUUUUCGGCAGGGACGAACUUGAAGUCGAUGGUUCUGGAAGAGUUGUCAUCGAAAACGUGAAUGUGGUAGCUCGUUUGAGAGUGGGACUCCUGCCCAACAUCAACAUUCGAGAUGUAACCGGCACUAUCACCGUUGGUGACGUCGAGUCUGACCUCAACAUCAUUCUUUUCGGCGAGGAAGUCUCCGACAGGGUCAAUGAUUUCUUGAUCAACAAGCUAUCCGAAGCCCUUAAAACUUACAACACCCAGAUCUUCGAAUUUUUUGAGCGAGCCAUCAUCUUUCUCAUCGAUUCUCUCGUUUAA